GAAUGGGCGCACGACCUCAGUAUUCAGGAUACGCCUUCUCCCCACCCAUCGGUAAUUGAAGUGCAUGCCGGCAGUCUCAGUCACUUGCCGCCCGUCCUUUGUCUCCUCUAUUUAUGGUCCAGCCAGCCACAGUAUCAGCAGGUUUUCAGACCGCCCUCGGACGAUUGCGUCAGUGCUUCCUAGUAAGCUUCGAAUUCAAAUAGAAUACAGGCUGUCUUCCCCCCAACACAGGCAAGGUCAGCGGCCAAGGACCACAAUAAGGGACGCAGUUCUUACAUUCCGCAAGUUUUCCAAUUAAGUGCAACCGUUAAGCCAGACCAGCCAUGCCGCCCCCUGCUGGAGGUCCUCCAACUGUCACCCCCCCAGAUGGGGGCUGGGGAUGGGCCGUGGUGCUGGGAGCCUUCAUCUCCAUCGGCUUCUCCUACGCCUUCCCCAAAGCCAUUACCGUCUUCUUCAAAGACAUCCAGAAGAUCUUUGAUGCCUCCUACAGCCAGAUCGCCUGGAUCUCAUCCAUAAUGUUGGCUGUCAUGUAUGCUGGAGGUCCCAUAAGCAGUAUAUUGGUAAACACCUAUGGGUGUCGGCCCAUUAUGAUAAUGGGGGGCUUCCUAUGUGCUAUAGGAAUGAUCUCGGCCUCCUUCUGCAACAGUGUGGUGGAGCUGUAUAUUUGCAUUGGAGUAAUAGGAGGUUUGGGCCUUGCGUUCAACCUCCAGCCAGCCCUGACAAUGAUCGGGAAAUACUUCUUCAAGAAGCGGCCGAUUGCCAACGGGCUGGCCAUGGCAGGGAGCCCCGUCUUCCUCAGCACUCUGGCCCCGCUAAACCAGUACCUGUUCAACUCAUACGGCUGGAGGGGCAGCUUCUUGAUCCUGGGGGGGCUGCUCCUAAACUGCUGUGUGGCCGGGUCGCUGAUGAGGCCCCUGGGCCCACCCCCUGGCAAAAAAGACAAGGAGGCUGUAGCCGCUAGCGCCCCCCUGCAGAAAACUGGAAAAGCCACAGCUUGGGAAACGGUGAAUAAGUACCUGGAUCUGUCACUGUUCAAGCACAGGGGCUUCCUCAUCUACCUGUCGGGAAAUGUUAUCAUGUUCCUGGGGUUCUUCGCCCCCAUCGUGUUCCUGGCGGCCUACGCCAAGGACAUGGGCGUCGACGAGUAUUCGGCCGCCUUCCUGCUGUCCAUCCUGGCCUUCGUGGACAUGUUCGCCAGGCCGUCCAUGGGUCUGCUGGCCAACUCCAAGUGGAUCCGGCCCAAGAUCCAGUACUUCUUCAGCUUCGCCGUGCUGUACAACGGCGUCUGCCACAUCCUUUGCCCGCUGGUGGAAAGCUAUACGGGCCUGGUGGCUUACGCCGUGUUCUUUGGCUUUGCCUUCGGCAUGGUCAGCUCCGUGCUCUUUGAAACUCUGAUGGACCUGGUGGGCGCUCAGAGGUUUUCUAGUGCCGUAGGGCUGGUCACCAUCGUCGAAUGCUGCCCUGUCCUCAUAGGACCUCCUUUGGCAGGUAAGCUGGUGGACAUCACCAAGAACUACAAAUACAUGUAUUUUUGCUGCGGGGCCGACGUCAUCCUCGCCAGCAUCUGGCUGUUCAUCGGCAACGCCAUCAACUACCGGCUGCUGGACAAGGAGCGGCGCCGGGCGGAGAAACACAAGCCGGUGGACGAGCAUCCGGAGGCCAACGGCGACGCCGACCCCCAGGCCACGGAGACCCUGUGCGUCAGCACCGACAAAGAGGGGGAGGAGGAUACCACUACUGCCAUGCAGCGGGAGACCAACAUUUAGAUCCAUCCGGAGUCGCCCACGGUCCUGCCAAAUCCAGGGUGUCCACUUCCCAUUUCUCCAGGGCUGCUCGCUGGACUGCUCUAUGGAGCAUCGCAGCCAAAGCAACGUCUGCGUCUACGAUACUGUGAAUUGUAUUGGUUAAUUAUGGGUCGGCUCCAGUGUUGUACAGAAAAAAAAAAAAUGCUCAGAAUAAAAUGCUACAUGUCUAAGCCUUUAGGACCUUCAGGCUUGAGUUCAGUAAGUGGGGGGAUGAUCAUGUUUUAAAAUCUGGGCACCCUAGCCCUUUGCACGUCUUCCAGUACAGAGAAUGAGUUGUAAUAUGUCAUUGCUUUAUAUUAUAAACGCACCCACCUGCUUUUUCCAUUGAAUUUUGAAGUCAAUGACCACUAUACUGCAUUUUCAUCAUUAUUUUAAUCACAGCUGGAGGGACUCAAUCUGAUUGGAUGUCAACAGAUGAAAUAAGCGCAUGCAAAGGGAUUCAUGGGAAUUUUCAAAACUAAAUUACUGUAUGAAAAUAGAUUCAUUUUUGGUUAACAGGGAUGUUUCAUGAACAGUGUUGUAUUUACUUUGUUGUAUAUUUCAUUAAUACACGCGCGCGCACACACACACACACACUCAAAGACAGGGAGAUUCAUUUUGGGAUAAAUGGGAAAUGGUCAUUUUUGAGAGUACCUGUUGUAGGCUCAACUUUCACCAAUGAUACAUUGCCUUAAAUCUAAAGAAUGCAACCACAAACUCAUUAGUAUUUCUUUGAACAGUAUUUAUAUACACAA